AUGUUCCCCUCCCACACACUCCUCUCCAUCUGCCUGCUCGCCACGGUCGUUGCUGCCGUCCCAGCUCAGCGCGACACCAAGCGUACGCCAAGUGCUACGCUCGGUGUCACGCGCCGCUUCAGAAACCUUGCCGCGGGACAGAGGCUUCCCGAUAUCGACCGCGCGCGUGCCGCGGCGCUCAAGCAGGGCGGCCAGAAGGCGAAGCGCGAUGGCGCUGUCAGCGUCACGAACACACUGGUAACUUACACGGCCAGUGUUGGUAUCGGAUCGCCGGCUACCCAAUAUACACUCUUGAUCGAUACUGGUAGCUCUAACACUUGGGUUGGCGCCGAUAAGCCCUAUAAUCCCACAAGCUCCUCCACGGACACGGGUAAUACUAUUACGGACUCCUACGGCUCCGGGGAAUUCACCGGCAAAGAGUACAUCGACACCGUGACGCUCGGCAACAAUCUCACCAUUGCCAAGCAGAUGAUUGGCGUUGCUUCCCAAGCCGAGGGCUUCCAGGACGUCGACGGCGUUCUCGGAGUCGGCCCAGUAGACCUUACGGCCGGUACCGUAUCCAACACGAACACCGUUCCCACCGUUAUGGACAACUUGUACUCGCAGGGCACCAUCAGCCAUGAAUUGCUUGGAGUAUACUAUGCACCUGUGUCGAGCAGCGACUCGACGGGAGAGUUGAGCUUCGGCACCGUCGACACGAGCAAGACGACCAGCGACGUGGCGUAUGUGCCCAUCACAAGCACGCAGCUCGUCAGCGAGUACUGGGGCAUCGACCAGAGCAUCAGCUACGGCUCGCAGACGAUUCUCGACUCGGCCUCUGGUAUCGUCGACACCGGCACCACAUUGAUUCUCGUCGCUUCUGACGCCUUCCAGAAGUACCAGUCUGCCACCGGCGGCACCAUGGACCAGACGACCGGCCUCCUGACCAUCAGCGCGGACCAGUACGACAAGCUCUCGGCGCUCAACUUCGAGAUCGGCGGGACCACGUACGCGCUCAACGCGAACGCGCAGAUCUGGCCACGCUCGCUCAACAGCGCGAUCGGCGGUGCGAGCGGUAGCAUCUACCUUGUCGUCAACGACGUCGGGUCGGCGUCGGGCGAGGGGAUCGAUUUUAUUAAUGGGUAUACCUUUUUGGAGAGGUAUUACUCCGUUUUUGAUACGACUAAUAAGCGGGUUGGGUUCGCGACUACCGCUAACACGAAUGCGACCUCGAACUGAUGUGUCGGCAUAGAAGGCUGGAUCUCGCGUUUGCUGCGGUCAUUGGGGUUCUCUAAUGUUAAGGGUAAGCGACUGGCGACUGGCAACUGGGUUGUAAUAUUGUAAAUAGC